AUGUGCCGCACCAGGAGCAGGAGGCUGGAUCGAUGGCCGGCUAGCUACAAGCUAGGAAACAUCCACGCGCGCCAGUAUAUAUGCAGCGAUAGCACGCCUCGUUUGUUGCACACCACCACCUCACCUCACUCUCGCUCGCUCUCUCUCCCUGACGGGGAGUCUACAGCUCGAUUACGAGUAGUUAUUGUUGGAAUGGAGCAGUAUGGCUGGGGAAGGGAGGAGGGAGGGUGGAGGAAAGGGCCGUGGACGGCGCAGGAAGACAAGCUGCUGCUCGGCUAUGUUCGGCAGCAGGGGGAUGGGAGGUGGAAUUCUGUCGCCAAGCUCACAGGUCUGAAGAGAAGCGGGAAGAGCUGCAGGCUUCGGUGGGUGAAUUACCUGCGACCUGACCUCAAGAGAGGCAAGAUCACGCCGCAGGAGGAGACCGUCAUACUCGAGCUCCAUGCCUUGUGGGGAAACAGAUGGUCGACGAUUGCGCGUAGCCUCCCCGGCCGGACGGACAACGAGAUCAAGAACUACUGGCGGACGCACUUCAAGAAGGGCAAGCCGUCGUCCAAGAACAUCGAGCGCGCCAGGGCGCGCUUCCUCAAGCAGCGCCGCGAGAUCAUGCAAGGUCACCACGAGCACCAGCGCGACGUCCAGGACGACGACGGCGCUGCUAGCGCGGACAACAACGGCGACGGCGCGGCUAGCCAUCACGCAGAUGAAGCAACAACAUGGCCAGCACCGCCGCCGGCGCAGGACGACGACGACCUGGCGAUGAUGCGGGAUAUGGCGGACAUGGACGACUUCCUGCAGUACCAUGAUCCAAUGUCGACGUCGGCCUACUUCCUCCUCAACGGCGGCGAUGGCGCCGCCAGCGACGCGGGUUCCAGCGGGGAGAUCGACGCCUGCGGCGCCACGUGGGGCAGCUUGUGGAACCUCGACGACCUCGACGUUGUAGAUGACGUCGGUGGUGGCGGCGCGUGCGGCUGGGGCAGCUUCGCUUUGCUCCAAGAUCACGGACUCGCUUUCUACUAGCCUAGCAUAUACAAUGGCAAAGCCUAUGCUGUGGAGGGUACACGUAGCGGCUAUGUACGUGUGGUGUUGGUGGAUAAGGAUGCGUCGCCAACUAUAGCCCCCACUUCGACUAGCCUGCCACGUUGGCAUGUCUAGCUCCUUUUAGAGCAAUUUUUAGGAAAAGAAAAUAAACUACUCCCUCCGUCUCAUAAUGUAAGAUGCUUUUUAAUAUUACAUUAAUAUAAAAAUGUCUUACAUUA